AUGCGUGUCGCCAGCAGUAUUGCUGUCGCCUUCAGCUUAAUUGGCGCAGCCACUUCAGCUCUGCACCCUCGCUCCUAUGAGUCGCGCGACUACUUUGCCCUGCACCUCGAUGACACGACUCCGCCGACAACGGUAGCCCGGGUACUGGGGGCCCGCCAUGAGGGCCAGAUCGGAGAGUUGGCCGGUCAUCACACCUUCUCUCUCCCCCGAGAUCAAAGUGCAAAUCUCGAUGUUGUGCUGGACAAUUUGCGACACAACCGUAAGCUUCGUCGUCGGUCGGGCGACAGAGCGUUACCUCGAAACGCGGAUCCGCUGGAGGGUAUCCUGUGGUCACAGAAGCUCGAUCCACCAAGACAAAGGCUACAAAAAAGGGCGCCGCCAACGCCCGUCGGGGGAAAGAAACAAAACACUCGUGCCAAAGCUGACGUGAAAGCAUUGGCGCAACAAAAUAGGUUGAUGGAGGCACUGCAGAUCACCGAUCCAAUCUUCAAGGAUCAGUGGCAUCUGUACAACGCGGCCGAACCGGGACACGAUCUGAAUGUCACCGGCGUCUGGCUGGAAGGGAUUACAGGCAAGGGCGUGGCAACGGCGGUGGUGGAUGAUGGCUUGGAUAUGUACAGCAACGAUCUGAAGCCGAACUACUUCGCCAAGGGUUCUUGGGACUACAACGAGAACAGUCCCGAACCACGACCGCGGCUGUCGGAUGAUAAGCACGGCACCCGAUGCUCGGGCGAGAUCGCAGCAGCAAAGAAUGACGUUUGUGGCCUGGGGGUGGCAUACGACAGCAAGAUCUCGGGCAUUCGGAUUCUGUCGAAACCGAUUGACGAUGCGGACGAAGCAGCGGCGAUCAACUUUGCGUUUCAGGAAAACCAUAUCUAUUCCUGCUCGUGGGGCCCCCCCGACGACGGCCAAACCAUGGAUGCGCCUGGCCUCCUGAUCAAGCGGGCCAUGGUCAAUGGCGUGCAACGGGGACGAGAUGGCAGGGGCUCAAUCUUUGUAUUUGCUGCCGGGAAUGGCGCGGCAUUUGGUGACAACUGCAAUUUCGAUGGCUACACCAACAGCAUCUACAGUAUUACCGUCGGGGCCAUCGAUCAUGAGGGCAAGCGGCCGAGUUACUCUGAGUCUUGCUCCGCGCAGCUGGUCGUCGCCUACAGCAGUGGAUCAGGGGAUGCCAUCCAUACGACCGAUGUCGGUGUAGACAAAUGCUCUAGUUCCCACGGUGGCACUUCAGCGGCUGGCCCGCUGGCUGCCGGUACUAUUGCGCUUGCGCUCAGCGUUCGGCCGGACCUCACAUGGCGUGACGUUCAAUAUUUAAUGAUCGAGUCAGCCGUGCCGGUGAGCGAGGACGAUGGAAGCUGGGCUGAUCUCCCGUCCGGAAAGAAGUUUAGUCACGACUGGGGCUACGGCAAGGUCGAUGCGUAUGCAUUGGUUCAAAGAGCCAAGACCUGGGAUCUUGUCAAGCCUCAAGCCUGGUUCAAUUCUCCAUGGCUGCGAGUCCACAAGGGCAUCCCUCAAGGGGCCCAAGGUCUGCUCAGCCGUUAUGUCGUCACGGAAGAUCACUUGAAGGGUGCCAAUUUUGCCAAACUUGAGCAUGUGACUGUGACCAUGAACAUCAACCACACGAGGCGCGGCGACCUCAGCGUGGAGCUGCGGAGUCCGAAAGGAGUCGUCAGUCAUCUUAGCGUCACCCGGGAGAGUGAUGAAGAACCGCGGGGAUAUGUUGAUUGGACUUUUAUGUCCGUGGCGCACUGGGGCGAGUCACCCAUAGGGGAGUGGACUGUGGUUGUGAAAGACACCGCAGUGAAUGAGUAUACUGGCGAUUUUAUUGACUGGCGAUUCAACUUGUGGGGUGAGUCCAUCGACGGAACCGCUCAACCGCUCCAUCCUCUUCCCGAGGAGAACGACGAUGAUCAUCCGUACGAGGAAGCACAUGUCGCCACGACAGCUGUAGACACCGUUCCAACAAAGACCGUCUCUCCCCCUACCCCCUCUAAUCUGGAGGAUCAACCGGAACGGCCAGUCAAGCCGAAACCCACCGAGUUAUCCACAACUGCGAUUCCCGUCGCGGAGUCAUCACCGGGGGUGACUAUGAAACCCACCAGUUCGGCUUCCCCGACGCCGACCUCAACUUCGGAUCAUCUGUCUAGCUACUUGCCUUCCUUUGGAGCUUCGAAGCGUACCCAGAUCUGGAUCUACGCCUCUCUGGCCAUGAUCAUCAUUUUCUUCAUUGGAUUGGGGGUCUACUUCCAGCUCCAGCGCAUGAAGCGCCGUCGCACCAACAUGACCGAUGAUUAUGAGUUCGAAAUGAUCGAGGACGAAGAUGAGAUGCAUCCCAUGUCUGCCGGUGGCGGUCGAAGUCAGCGACGAGGGGGAGAGCUCUACAAUGCCUUUGCGGGUGAAAGUGACGAGGAGAUCUUCAGCGACGAGGACGAAGGGCCAUAUCGGGACCACUCAAAUCAGCCUGCCGAGAAGGACGAUGGAGACGAGUCCCCCAGGGAUCGCCUGUUGUCCGAGAAAAGGUGA